UCGGACUGUCAAGAUUGAUUGCCGCGUAUCGCACCUAGAAACAAUAUUAAUCUCAAUAUGACGAGCUUGUGCAUAAUUGGAGCCGGAACAGGAGGCCUCUGCUGUGCACGACAUGCCAUUGACAGUGGAUUCCAAACAACGGUCUUCGAGUUAUCCAACCAAAUUGGCGGUACCUGGGUGUACAAUGAGGCCACAGGAUCUGUGAACGGUAUUGAUGUUCACAGCAGCAUGUACGAGAAUUUACGAACAAAUUUGCCAAAGGAAGUAAUGGGAUUUCCAGACUUUGAAAUCGCCAAAAACGAACGUUCGUAUGUGAGAUCCGAUGAAAUUUUGGAUUUCUUGAACCAGUAUGCAGAUCAUUUCGAUUUGAAGAAGCACAUCAGAUUUAAUUCCUAUGUGAUUAGAGUGGCGCCCAAAAAGAACAUGUGGCAGGUCCUUGUAAAAGAUGUAACAACAAACCAAAUCGAAUUCCACUACUUUGAUAAAGUUAUGGUUGCCAAUGGGCAUUACCAUACACCCAACUACAUAAAAAUCCCCAAUAUGCAUCGUUUCAAAGGAAAUUUUAUGCACAGCCACGACUUUCGAAAACGGGAUGUUUUCCAAGGAAAAUCCGUUUUGGUUAUUGGAGCUGGACCAAGUGGCAUGGACUUGUCGAAUAUAAUAUCAAGAACCGCCAAUCGUGUUACACUAAGCCACCACUUAAAGGAUAUUGGAACGGCGAUUUUCUUCGAUAACGUAAAUCAAAAACCGGAUGUUAAGGAGCUCGAUGAGAAUGGAGCCUUUUUCGUGGAUGGAUCUUACGAAAAAUUUGAUACGAUAUUUUUCUGCACUGGCUACAAAUACUCAUUCCCAUUUCUUACUGCAAAUUCUGGAAUUUAUGUCGAGGAUAACUAUGUUCAGGAUCUUUAUAAGCAGUGUAUUAACAUAAUGAACCCAUCGAUUUCAUUGAUUGGUUUGCCAUUUUAUGUUUGUGCUGCCCAAAUGAUGGAUCUGCAGGCGCGUUUUAUCCUGAGCUACUACAAAGGAUCCAAUGUCCUUCCCUCCAAAGAGGAAAUGCAAAAGGAUACCCAGGAAAAAAUGGAGAAGCUUUGGAGCGCAGGGUACAGAAGACGUCAUGCUCAUAUGCUAGGCCCCAAGCAAAUUGAUUAUUUCACCGAUUUGGCCAAUACUGCGGGAAUAAAGAACUUGAAGCCAGUCAUGACAAAAUUGCACAACGAAAGUAGCAAAUGCUUUAAUGAAAACCUACUUUAUUUUCGCGAGGACAAUUUCAAACUUCUAAAUGACGAAGAUUUUGUAAAAAUUAAUUAAAACAAGUUUUUAAAUUUUUUAAAGGAGAAGUGCGUUCGUCACUUGACAUUUUUUAUGUUAGAAAAUAAAAUUCACAGGGUGA